AUGUGUCAAAGAAAAAACCUUUUUGAUUUCUCAAAUUUUUACUUCAAUCAUUUUUUUUGCCGUAUAGUAGGCCAGCUAUACCAGAGAUGCCCACCCGACGCCCUAUCCUCGCGGUGUACUCCCUUCCCUAUCGUGAACCCAGUUUACCCUUGUCGAAAAAAAGGAGAACACUUUACCCUUGUCGUUUGCGCACCGGAGAUUGGAAGUAGCAGCAGCCGGACGAGGCGAUCCAGUAUGGGGGACACGUAUGUCGCCGACGUUGCCUUCGGGGAGGAGGUGAUCACCACCACCGUGACGUCCUCCGGCGCGGCCGUGGAGGACUGGGUCGAGGAGGUGUACUCCAUGUACGCCGGCUGCCCCAACCAAAUCCUCGUCGGGCUCGACGUCGAGUGGCGUCCCAGCUACAGCCGCGUGCAGAACCCCGCCGCGCUCCUGCAGCUCUGCAUUGACCAGCGCUGCCUCAUCUUCCAGCUCCUCCACGCCGACUACAUCCCUGACGCCCUGUCGGUCUUCCUCAUGGACAACCAGUUCGGGUUCGUCGGCGUCGGCGUGGCCGCGGACGCCAAUCGCCUGGCCCAGGACUACGACCUGCAGGUGCGCAAUCUGGAGGACCUGCGCGGCGUCGCGGCCGAGGAGAUGGGCAUCCCGGAGCUCCGCCAGGCCGGGCUGAAAGACCUGGCGCCCCAAGUCUUGGGGGUUACCAUGCAGAAACCACGGCGGAUAACGAUGGGCCCGUGGGACGCCUGCUGCCUCUCCGACGAGCAGAUCCACUACGCCUGCACCGACGCCUACGUCUCCUCGCAGAUCGGAUUGGAGCUGUUCACCGGAAACUACUAGCGAUCGAUCGAGGUGAUGCCGUGGCGAGCCCUGCAAACUUGCAUACGAAAAACUCGGUCCCUAGUGUGUUUGGUUUAGUUUUUGCAGCAUUUUGUUCUUACUCUCCUAGUGUUGAUUGCUUAUGUCGCGUAUUAGCUUAAGCUUCAGAGCAGGGGAAUGGUUGUCAACAUGUUGUGUGGCGGUCUGCUACAGUUUUGAUAUGUGUGCAUGUGAUGCUUACCAACGGAACCGGAUGUUCCAAAAUUGUAGUGCAUAUUAUGACACACUCUAUUUGAAGUUGCUGAUUCUCUGCUGGAA